AUGGCAGCAACACACACGCCCGAAGGCCUCACGCCCGCGCUGCUCGACCAGGUCGAGGCCGCCAUUCUCGCCCUCACCCCCUCCCUCACGCUGAUCCAGGCCGACAUCCACUCGCACCCCGAGCUCGCGUGGCAGGAGCACCGGACGCACGACACGACCGCGGGGUACAUGGAGAAGGCUGGGUGGGAUGUGACGCGCCACGCGUAUGGGCUGCAGACUGCGUGGCGGGCCGAGAAGGUCGUGAGGGACGGGAAGGGGCGCGUUGUGGGGUUCAACUCUGAGCUCGACGCCCUCCCUCACGGCCACGCAUGCGGGCACAACCUCAUCGCCAUCGCGGGCAUGGCGGCGGCCAUCGGCACCGCGCAGGUGAUGGAGGCGAACGGCGUGUCGGGGCGCGUGGUGCUGCUCGGCACGCCGGCCGAGGAGGCGUACGGCGGCAAGGACUUUAUGCUCAAGCGGGGCGCGUAUGAUGAGAUGGACGUGUGUUUGAUGACCCACCCCGGCAUCACAGGCAACGGCUCGUGGCUCCCCUCGAUGUGCUGCAACGCGGCCUUCACAAUCGAGUACAAGGGGGCCUCGGCACACGCGGGCGCCAUGCCCUCUGCCGGCGUCAACGCGCUCGACGCCGCAGUGUCGGGGUACACGAAUGUCGCGCUGCUGCGGCAGCAGAUCCCGGACACGCACCGGAUCUACAACGUGUUGAAGGGGAGCGAGGGCUGGACUGCGAACAUCAUCACGUCCAACGCCAAGGUCAUGUGCGGCAUCCGCGCCCCCACCGCGCGCGAGGUGUACAAGAUGAUCGACCGCGCGCUCAACUGCUACAAGGCCGCCGCGCUCGCCACGGGCUGCAGCUACACGAUCACCAAGGACGCGCUGUACCUCGACACGCAGCACAGCACCGAGCUGGACAGCUACCUUGAGACCGUGACCCAGCGCUGGGCGGGCGAGGGGUACAGCUACCGCAAGUUUGUGACGUACGGGACUACCGACUUUGGGAACGUGACGUACAAGUGUCCGGCGCUGCACCCCAUGUUCCAGCUGCCUGACUUGCCCGAGGGUGACUUUUGUCGUGAGUCUGAGCCAUGCGGCUGUGCAUACUCCGACACGUACGCCAACCACACCAACUCGGACUCGGCAGUCAAGGCCGCCCUGCGCUCGGCGACGUGUCUCGCGGCGGUGGCGCUGCGUGCCGCCGUGGACGACGACUGGAUGGCAACAGUCAAGGACAAGUGGGAGGCGCAGAUGGCUGCGUGCGAGGGCCACGAGACGGUCAAGGAGCUCGAGGCGCUGCUCGCGCCGUACCCUCUCUCGGACGUGUGCGCGCACGCCGUGUGCGAGGACGGGUGGAAGGACGUUGCGGCCAAGGCGCGGGCCGCGGCGUGA